CCAAUGCAAUUAACCAAGCUAUCAUCUGCAAUCACUAUCCCAUGGCUCCAACUUCCUCCAGACACCACGAAACGACGUGUGGCAGAACAAACAUGCUUGGCUCUUCUUCACUCCUGCAACAAUCUCACCAAUCUCACCCAAAUCCACGCGCUCAUUCUCAAACUCGGUCUCCAAAACAACCCUCUCGUCCUCACCAAGUUCGCUUCCACCUCCUCACACUUCCACGCCAUUCACUACGCUUCCACCUUCCUCUUCCCAAAUGACCAAGCUACCCCUCUCCCCUUCCACGACACCGUCCUCUUCAACACCCUCAUCAGAGCCUUCGCUCAAACCAACGACUCAAAGUUAAACGCUUUACGUUACUACAAAACAAUGCUCCGUUACGGCGUUUUGCCUAAUAAAUUCACUUACCCUUUUGUUCUCAAGGCCUGUGCUGGCCUUGGGAAUACUCCGUUAGGGAAAACGGUUCAUGGGUCGGUGGUAAAGUUCGGUUUUGAGGAUGAUCUUCACGUGCAGAACACCAUGGUUCACAUGUAUUGUUGUUGUGAAGAGGGGGUUGAAUUUGCUAGGAAGGUGUUUGAUGGAAGUACUAAGACGGAUUCGGUGACGUGGACUGCUAUGAUUGGAGGGUACGCACGUGUGGGGGAUUCUGCACGUGCCGUUGGGUUGUUUAGGGAAAUGCAGGUUGUGGGGGUGUGUCCUGAUGAGAUCACCAUGGUUUCAGUUUUAACUGCAUGUGCUGAUUUGGGUGCACUUGAGUUGGGGAAGUGGUUGGAGUCUUAUGUUGAGAGGAAGAAUGUGACAAAGUCUGUGGAGCUUUGUAAUGCAAUGAUUGACAUGUUUGCAAAGUGUGGUGAUGUUGAUAGGGCUGUGAAAUUGUUCAGAGAAAUGGAAAUGAGGACCAUUGUUUCGUGGACUUCGGUGAUUAUUGGUUUGGCGAUGCACGGUCGUGGAUUAGAGGCUGUUUUGUUGUUUGAUGAGAUGGUUGAGCAAGGGGUGGUGCCUGAUGAUGUUUCCUUCAUAGGUGUGCUAUCUGCUUGUAGUCACUCAGGAUUAGUUGAUAAGGGGCGAUACUAUUUCGAUUUGAUGGAGAAGAGUUUUGGCAUUGUGCCUAAGAUUGAACACUAUGGAUGUGUGGUUGAUAUGUUGAGUAGAGCAGGGCUUGUGAAUGAGGCGUUGGAGUUUGUUCGAACGAUGCCUGUUGAGCCAAACCAAAUCAUAUGGAGAAGCAUAAUUGUUGCUUGCCAUGCUCGCGGCGAACUCAAGCUGGGUGAGAGCAUCUCGAAGGAGCUAAUAAAAAAGGAGCCAAUGCAUGAGUCUAACUAUGUGCUGCUUUCAAACAUUUAUGCGAAAUUGCUGCGCUGGGAGAAGAAGACUAAGGUUAGGGAGAUGAUGGAUGUUAAAGGGAUGAAGAAGAUUCCAGGGAGUACCAUGAUUGAGAUAAACAGUGAAAUGUAUGAGUUUGUUGCAGGUGAUAAGUCACAUGAUCAGCACAAAGAGAUAUAUGAAAUGGUGGAUGAGAUGGGAAGGGAAAUAAAGAGGGCAGGGUAUGUGCCUACAACAUCUCAGGUAUUGCUUGACAUUGAUGAAGAAGAUAAAGAAGAUGCUUUGUAUAGACAUAGUGAAAAGCUUGCCAUAGCUUUUGCUCUUUUGAGUACUCCCCCUGGCACAUCUAUUAGAAUUGUGAAGAACUUGCGCGUUUGUGAAGAUUGUCAUUCUGCUACUAAGUUCAUAUCUAAGGUUUAUAACCGAGAGAUUGUGGUGAGGGACCGCAAUCGCUUCCACCAUUUCAAGAAUGGCUUGUGCUCCUGCGGAGAUUUCUGGUAGUACGUUGAUUAGAGGCAUAAAAAACUUUCUAUUCAUUUGUUGAAGCAUGAAAGCUUCAAGAUUUUGAUCAUGUGCUAAAUCCUGUUUGAAAACUAACUAGAGGAAAGAUAUACAACGACUAAUAACAUUUAUCGUUGUACUAAAAAUAUGAUUCAUAUUUCAAAGUAACAGCAGUA